UUUUCGUGUCGGACUCGGUUGUUGCUUACAUUUUUCUGAACAGGAACUAUACUGCAGGUGGAGGGAUGAGUCUCUCCCCUGUGAUUGGCACAGAAGUGCCAGAAACUGCUAACGGGGUUGUGACGCCCGUCUCUUCAGAGAACGGUCCUCACGUCCCAGUCCCUGUGAAAUGUGGGGGGAGCAGAGUGCCCUGUCCUGGGGAGUCAUCAGAGGACAGAGCCCUUGGGCACACAGAGAACCACGCAGAUGUGGAAAACACAGUUUACGAUGGCGAAGGCCGCUUGGACACAGAGAUGUACAAUAAUGGGACAACACCUAGUUUAUCGUUACACACCUCCCAUGUGACAGACCCCUCCCUCCCUGCUGCCACAUGCACAGGAGACUCCGAAGACUCCGAAUCAGACUCCAAAGACACAGACAUUAAUGAGGCCUCUAACACUCUUGAGCCUCCUGGUGAAGCUCAGCUGUGGGACCCAGUACAGCAACCACAGUCCAAAGAGUCUUCUCAUCGAGGAAGCCCUGCCUUUACAGACAGACAGCAGGCCGAAGCUAUAGAUGGAGACACCGACAGCAGAGACGAGGAUGAAGAUGGAGAGAAGGAGAAACAGGAUGAGGAGGACGAUGAGAAAGAGGAAAAAAAGUGGAUUCAUCAGCGUGCAGGAGGGAGAACAGAGGUGGGGUCUUCACGACACUACUCAUCCUCAGCCCCUGGCCCCAGCACCUCGUCGUCUUCCUCUCCUCCACCUCCUCUUCUUCCCUCAGACGACAUCCCUUGCCCUCCCCACGUCAUGGCCCAGGUCUGGGUACGCAAUGUCCGUGGGAUGCAGGACAGCAAGAGUUUGGAUGAAAUCAGCCAAGCGUGUGGAGGUGGUUCUGGAGCCCGGGGAGGAGGCAGAGGUGGCCAGUGUGAGGGCCGACGGGCCACAAUAUCCUCGUCUCUGGAGCUAGAGGGGACGGUCAGCCACGAGGGCGACCUGACCAACUUCAUCACCAAGAACCUGGAGCAGAAAAUCAAGAUGAGCUCCAAGCCCAGUCUGGACUGCAGUGAUUCGGACUGUUCAGGUCCCAUCUACCGAAGUCGGGGGUUGACGCGGAGACCAGCGGACAUCCCUCCCAUUGAUCCUACUGUCCUAGUGGAUCUUCAGAGACACACCCAGGAGGUGGCGCACAGUGUGGAGAUGAUGAUGCGGAGCCUCAAUGGAACCAUCCAGAAUAUGACAGCUCUUAGUGUGGGCUACAUCCAGACCUACAGAGACUCAGUUGACAGCCUGGGAGAGUCUGUGGACAUGAGUAUAAAGGGCAUGUACACACUGAUGGCUCGCUGCGAGGAGUUGGAUCGGUCCAUGCAGCCCAUUCACACCCUGGCCGCACAGAUCCGUGACAUCAAACGCACCCUGGACGCUCUGGAGGCGAUCUGCAAGUAAUCCCCCACCUAGUUUGGUAUGAAUACACACCCCAGCUGAAAAGAUCCAACAUCAAGCACAUCCCGAACGAGGCUCUCUGCAAGUAAACCCACCUUUCUGCAGGUAGCACACACUCACUGCAGCGAAGAUUAAGUGCACCUCUGGAUUCCUGGAACCAUUGCUACUAGGCAUGCUGGAUGAUUGGCGCUCAUAGUCCCUCCGCUUGUUCAUCAUUUGAAGAUGACCAUGUUUGUGUUGUGAGAAUUGCGCUUGAUUUGCUCUCGGGCUAAUCUUUCUCUUUUCUUUUAAAAAAAACAAACAAACAGAAAAAAGCAACCUCACUUCCUCUAACGAAUUUUGCGUGAAACAAAAUCUCACAAAUUAACCCAUUGUGGAGACACUUGGUCAAGUGCCCGGAGCACACAGACACACAUACAAACAGAUCCUUGAAGAUGUGUGGCUAGAUGGCCCUCUUUUCCCACUUUACAGUCUGAGGAGGAAUAAUGUGUCAUUUUCCGUCCGGCCUGCUUUGUUCAGAUUGCACUAACCUUUCCUCCCCACAUGGGGGCGAUAUUUCUCUCUCUGUCUCUCUCUCUGCUCAUGGAGAGGCCAGUAUGAACUGCUCAGAAGACAGUGACUUUUGCACAGGAACAGAAAGUCUAUUUUUUAAUCUUAUGCAACAAAGAUCAGAUUCUUUCACUGCAGGCUAAAUGAGGGGGUUGGAAGCAUAAUGUCUGUCUGUCUGUCUGUCUGUCUGUCUUUUUUUAAUGUUAAUUUAUUCAGUUUACUCAGCAUGCUUGCUUUUUCAGCUACACCAUGACUCCUUGUCACUGGGAACUGAUCAGUACAGCCAGAUCUUUUUCCACUGGAGCAUUUGGAGUUGAAGCUCAAAUGCUGCUCAAGGGUAGUUGUCAGAGGUCAUGAAAGUGUUUCACUUUUUUUACUCGGAUUCUCUCAGACUGUAUAUCAACUGACAACUUUCAGAUCACAAUUUAAAGCUACCACCUGUCAUGUGACCCCACCUUCCUAAGUCUCAAAUGUUUUUGAGCACAUAACUGGAUAAAAAUAUCUCAUGUAGCCUUCACAGUGGCUUUAAAUAUUUCAAAAGCUUUGUAUUAGACUUUUAAAUGUCAUCAAAAGUAAAUCCAACUGAUGCAAGGAUGAUACAUUUAGCCAAGCUGAAAAUUUUUCAUGAAAUCUGAAGUCAUUGAAAAUUUAAUUUAAUUUCAAGGCAUGCAAGUAUCUAACAAACUGCUCAGUGGCAAUAAUUUGGUCCCGCUGUUCCAGUUUUGAUUCAGUAAAUUUAAAGAAAUAAUAAAUAUAUUAGAA